UGGAGCAUAGUUGUUUUACCAAAACAAAAGAAAGGACAGAGUUACGUUUUAUAAACUAACUGUUUGUAAGUAAAACCUUAUUUAUAUUCUUAGUUUUGUUGAUAGGCUAACUUGAGUAACAGUCUACAUUUAUUUGGCUUUAGGUUUUACAAUGAAAUUGACCAACACAAAACCCGUCUCGCUCUUCACACUGAUACUGCUAUUUCACACUGUCCAAGCAGAAGCUUCUCAUGAUGAUAUUGAUGAAGUGAGGAUCCUGGUUGUGGGAAUCAGAGGUCAGUCCAGAUUCAGUGCUGCAGAUCUUCUGUCAGGAAGGAAAGAUGGAGGACAGGAGGACAGAGAGAUUGUAAAGACUCCAGUAAUUACAGACGGGGCUCGUAGAAUGAUGCUGGUCACUGGACCAAACCUCUGUGAGGAGGACGCAGCGAGACAGACCUUCACAACAGCGCUUUUUCUCUCGUCUCCUGGACCUCACGCCGUUUUAAUGCUCCUGAAUCUGGAAGAUCAACAAUCACAACAGUGUGAUAUUGAGAAACGAGCCCAGGAGCUGCUGGGAGCAGAAGUCCUGCAGUACUGCAUUGUUCUUCUGCUCCAAAACCACCAGCAAUCUUUGACAGGAGCGUUCAGAGGGAUUGCUGGAGAAAUGAUCAACGCAUGUGGAGGAAGAUUUCACAUCAUAAGAGAUUCUGAACCAAAACCUGCUCAAAGAGCAGCUCUCAUAGCGGAAAUAGACAAGUUAGUUCAGCUCAAUGAUCACAGAUUUCACUCAGUAUUGAGACAACAGUUAGAAGCUGAAGAAACCGUUCAAGAUGUGCAUGAAGAAAAUCAAAUGCUUUCUGAAAAUCAUGACAAUUCAGCAGAAACUGCACGAUGGAUUUUACUAAUUUUACUGAACACUGCCUUCAUUUUCACUAAAAUAACACGUGAACAAUUUCAUUUCGCGGAAAUGCUAUUUGUGCUUGUUAGUUUCAUGGUCACUAUAAGAAAUAUCCUCAAUCCAGAUGUUGCCGUUCCUUUAAAUUUGAUCCUAUCCUCUACUUUCACUGUAGCCGCUGCAUAUCAUGACUUUGCAAAUUCACAACGUGGACAACAAAUCAUAAUGUUUUUAGUCAUGAUCUUUACAUUUCCCAGUAUAGUGUUCAUAGCAGGUCUAGGGCUGACUGUAGGAACAGCUGUCAGUGUACGGACGUGGUCAGAUGUGCUCAUAGCGUGCCAUGCUGCUCCCGGAGUCACAUUCGGGGCUCAUUUAUACACUAUUUACUCCAUUAUACCAGGUCAAAUGCAGGCUCGGACAACUCUGGUGUUUGCAUUCAAGUUAUUCCUGUUUUGUUUUGUUGGAGUGAUGCUCUCAAUGGGGUUUGUGACUGUGUUUUCUCUGUUUGGUGUGGAGAGAACAAUAUUUCUGCUAAUAUUAGGAUUUGCAAAAGCGUUUUUCCAUUUAAAGAGUGAUGCGGUGAAAUUUGUAGUUUUUUUCCUGAUUUUUCCAUGCUGUUGUGUAUUUAUUAGUUCUUUAAUUUCAUUUUUAUGCCGUAUAUUAUGUCAUUAUAUUUUCACAGUAAUUUGAGGCUGAUAAUAGUGACUAAAUCAAAAGACCCUAACAGAUUUUGGAUUGUAAGUUAAUGCUGAUUUUUGAUUUU